GAGCUGUCCGCGGUGCUGAAGCUGCUUCUGUCCUCCCCGCGCCGACACCGCACAGCCACGAACCCGCUCCGAGCCGAGCGUCCAAAUCAAACCGGCACCUCGGCGUUUCACUUGAUCAUUCUCCAGCGUUUUUACACCGAGAACUGAAGAGGCAACCUCCCGACAUCUCAUUGUUUUUUUUUUUUUUGCGGACGCUCAAACCCUCUCCUUUGCCUCGCGUUUCACCCCCUCAAGCUGGAAGUAUUAUUCUUUAAUACGCGGACGUUCUGUGUUGCAACGCGAAGAGAAAACAUCGACUUUUUGCAGACAUGUGUGUGAGACAGGACUGGCAAUUUAGGACUCUCUUUGUUUCGGUUUUGCUUCUUGUGGCUGCCGUCGGUGAAAUCCAUGGGCAAGAUCCAAAGGAAAGUAACGGCAUCAGUAAGAAGACACUAGACCAAGACAGGGACCUCUUCACACACUUACCAACACAGGACACUGAAAGUGAAGUUCAUUCAAUCACUACUAUCUCACCAGUGAACAUGCCCAACCACCAGCCUAUCCUCAAAGGCCUGCUGCUUCACGAGCACCUACUUACGAGAGACUUUCAGGGGGACCAGCAGUUUUUCAGGAAGGAUAGCUCUGUAGCUGCAUAUCCCACCAUGCCCGGUUCUAUGUCUUCUCCAAAUGCCGGAAGCCCUGUCACUCAAAUUGUGCCCCAUGAGGAUGCUCCAGCCUUCUCAGACAUUGCCACUACUGCCACUGCAGCUGCUACUUCCCCGCUGACUACAUUUUCUCCCACAACACCGGUACCGCCCAUGUCUCUCCCUCAGAAGAAGUCAACCAAGGAGAAAACCAAGGAGCCAGUCAAGGUGGGGCCAACAACUGACUCUCUUACCACUCACGUGAUGCUGCAUGGUAAAGGCUCAGGCAGCGAAAACAACCCAGUGGCUGCUGUGUCCUCGAGGGGAAGAGAUUAUCCUAUGGUGGCCACCGUUGCUUCCAUCUCAUCAGUGAUGGAUAAAGGGCCGGUUAGAGAAACGGCACUGAAAAACAAAACCAACCCUGACCACCUGCUCCCCAAGCUAAUUCCAUCCUCUCAAGAGGACGGCCCCACUAUGACAUCUAAAACUGUUAUCACAACUACCACCAUCACUACACUGCAAACAUCAGAGCCAUGCAGCAUGAAUUUCACUGACCCUGAGGGUAACAUCGAAAUUCUACAGCAACUUGACUCUGGCGUGGAGUGCACCUACUUGAUUACUGUCUACCUGGGAUAUGGGAUUGAGGUUCAGGUACUGAAUGUGAGUGUGUUGGAGGGGGAGCAGGUGACGGUGGAGGAUACAGGCGGUCAAGAGCCCUUCAUUCUUGCCAACGAGUCGGUCCUGAUGAGGGGCCUUGUGCUCCGCAGCUGGAGCAACCAGAUCUCCAUUCGUUUUCGUAGCGACCAACAGCUUAAUUCAGGCUUCCUGCUUCUGCAUUAUCAAGCCUUCGUGCUCAGCUGUUCAUUCCCCAAAGAGCCUGCUGGAGGAGAAGUUUCAGUGACACACCUCCACCCGGGCGGAGAAGCCUACUUCAGAUGCUUCACAGGUUACAGGUUGCAUGGUCCCAAAAUGCUAACGUGCCGCAAUGCCACCACACCUUACUGGAGUGGAAAAGAACCCUCAUGUGUGGCAUCCUGUGGGGGAAUGAUAAAAAAUGCCACCUACGGUCGAAUUGUCUCUCCUGGGUUUCCCAGCAACUACAGCAACAACCUCACCUGUCACUGGGUGCUAGAAGCCCCCGAAGACCACCGGCUCCACAUUCACUUCGAGAAGGUCGCCCUGGCCGAGGAUGAUGACAGGCUGCUGAUAAAAAAUGGAAACAACAUAGACUCUGCUCCUGUGUACGACUCCUAUGAGGUUGAGUACUUGCCUAACGAGGGUGUGCUCAGCACUGGACGUUACCUGUUCGUAGAGUUCACCACGGAUGGGACGAUGACCUCCACCGGUGCAGCCAUCAGAUACGAAGCUUUUGCGAAGGGGAUGUGCUACGAGCCGUUCGUCAAGUACGGCAACUUCAGCAGCAGCGACUCCAGCUACGGCGUGGGAGCAGUGGCUGAGUUCUCGUGCGACCCCGGCUACACGCUGGAGCAGGGCUCUGUGGUUAUUGAGUGUGUGGAUGCACAGAACCCACAGUGGAAUGAGACGGAGCCGGCCUGCAGGGCCGUGUGCAGCGGGGAAAUCACAGACUCUGCUGGUGUUGUGUUGUCUCCUAAUUGGCCAGAGGCCUACGACAAGGGGCAGGACUGCAUCUGGGGUAUCCAUGUGGAAGAGGACAAAAGGAUCAUGCUUGACAUUCAAGUUCUCAAUUUGGGUAAGAAUGACCAGCUGACCUUUUAUGAUGGAGAUGAUCUGACAGCCAACAUCCUGGGCCAGUACAGCGGCACGCGGCCACACUUCAAACUCUACACCUCUAUGGCUGAUGUCACGUUGCAGUUUCAGUCGGAUCCCGCCACCAACAUCUACGGCUACAACAAUGGCUUUGUGGUUCAUUUCUUUGAGGUGCCGAGGAACGACACGUGUCCAGAGCUGCCGGAGAUCCCCAACGGCUGGAAGAGCACGUCCCACCCCGACCUGAUCCACGGCACCGUCGUCACCUACCAGUGCUACCCCGGGUUCUCGCUGGUGGGCUCGGAGAUCCUCAUGUGCCAGUGGGAUCUCACCUGGAGCGGGGACGUGCCGAGAUGUGAGGAAGUUUUGUCAUGUCGGGAUCCUGGAAACGUGGAGCACAGCCGCAAAGUGAUCACAGGCAACCGCUUCACCGCUGGAUCCACCGUCAGGUUUAUCUGCAAUAAAGGCUACGUCAUGUCCGGCGCCAGUCUCCUCACCUGCUACAACCGAGACUCGGCCGCGCCCAAGUGGAGUGACAGGCUGCCCAAGUGUGUCCCUGAAAAGUACGAACCAUGCAGGAACCCUGGCGCGGCUUCCACGGGCGUGCAGAGCACUGAAAAGGCCUUUUACCAAGCUGGAGAGACGCUGAGCUUCUCCUGCCACGCUGGCUACGAGCUGCAGGGCGGGGCCACCAUCUACUGUGUCCCUGGACACCCCUCUCAGUGGAACAGCACUCCUCCCGCCUGCAGAGCGUCGUCAUCGCAAAAUGUGAAUGAGCGCAGGCUUGAUGUUGUUAAUGUGGAUUAUGGAAUGGAGGGAACCAAUAUCACUCUUGCCGUUUUUAUUCCGACGGCAGUCGUCAUGGUGAUUGUUUUGGGGAUUUAUUUCUACUUUGCAAAACUCCAAGGGAAGUCGAUCAGAAUGCCGACAUCCUCGCCCCCGUAUGACAACAUGACAGAAGAGUCAGCUUUUGACAACCCUAUAUAUGAGAGCGGAGUAAGUAGCGAUGUCAUGAGCAUGCGAGAUGUGGAUUCACAGAACACCAGUGUGCUGUCUUGAUCUUCUCCCAUCCCGACUUUCAUCUCAUCGCCGUCAUCUCCUGCUUCGCCACCAGAGGGUGCACUCAGCUUCCUCUCCCAUCACCCUGUUCACCAUCAGUCAGAGCUGCUGGGCUAAUACAUAGAGUUGUGACAGAAAUGACACUUUCCAUCAUCCUAUUGUUUUAUUUCAAAGGUCACCUGCAUGUUUGAUUUCUGCAUCAUCCAUUUGGUGGACUGUGAGUGAAAUGUUGGGCUUGUAUUUAUUCCAUUGUAGCAUCAUUCACCAUGUCAAUCCAUAAGUGUGCACAUUUUAGCAUUUUAGUAUAAAUUGGAUUAUUGUUUUAUAGAAAUGAAAUUGUAUGGGCAUGUUGUUGCUUAUUUAUGUAUUUUUAUUUAAAUUGAAAUCAGCUAAUUCUGUAAAACUAUUAAAAAGGAGAUUAUCUUAACAACUGUUGUACAGAGUGCACAAGUAGCUGAACCAACUAACUCAUUGAUGGGGCUAAUUUGCUCAUAGCAUUUGCUUUUUUCACGUAGGUUUUCUGUUUAUCUUUUUUUUUCUCUGCUUUGUCAGCACUGGCAGACCCGUUGUAGAUACUAAACCCUGUCAGUAUUUCCCCUUUGGCUGUACUGCACAACAACUAUAAGGUGAGACUUUUCUUUUAAUAUUCAGAGCAAAACGUGCUCACUGUUAAACAAUAUGUUUUUAGCGUACUCAUUUGAUCUCAGUUUAAAACAAUAUUUGUUAUUACCUUUUUUUCUUUGAAAACAUUUAUUUAUUGAAUUUGUGUAAUAUUAUCAUUUAAAAAAAGCACAAUAUACAUGUUUCAUAGUAGCUUGUGUCAAGAAAACUGGUCAUAUUUUUGUUUUGCAAAUUAUAUACAAUGAAAUUCAGUUUAUUUUCUAGUUUACAAAAAGUCUGCUGCAGUGAUUCAUCCAUCUUUAGACCUUCUUUUGUAAAUAUUUGAGCUAUUUUUCAUAUUUAUGAUGAAUCAUUGGUCCUUUAAAGUUCUACAAAAUGCUCCAGACUGAAAUAGAGCGUGACAAUAAAACAUCUUGUACAGUCUGUGUUAAAUAAAUAAUAGUCUUCCUAAUCUGAUGUCAUCCUACUCAUUCUGCACAUAAUGUCAUAUCAGAACAAAUGUUUUCAUAGUUGUUUUACCGCAUGAUAAAAGAGGAAUGUAUUACAGCACAUCUUUUUCCUGUUCAAAAAUAAUAUUUUUGCAAAAGUUGAAAUGCUCUUGUGGAAUUUCAGCACCUUGUCGUUAUCAAGCUGUUUUUAAUCGUCUGUCUGGUCUUUGCAGGACAAAUUAAAAAGAUUAAGAGGUGUCUGUUUAAAGACCCUAAAACAAGAAUUGCUCAAGCUUUGCCUUUUGGGAACCGUCUCUGCACUGCUCAUCUUUCCUCCAACCUUUUUUUUCUUUGUUCCCAUUUUGUUUUGAUUUCAUUUUCUCCUCCGUUUGUAUUAUUGUAAAUAUGUCUUUUUUUCCACGGUCAAAAAUCUGUGAAUCUGUGUAACGCCGUGGUGAUAUUUUUAUAAAGUAAGUUGUCAAUGACCAUUGGUGAUUGUAUGUUUCUGAGUACACCUACCCAAAUGAUCUGGUAUUUAUAAGCGGAAGGAAAUGGUGAUUUGAUUGUUGAUGCUGUUUGGGUCGAUAUCUCACCACCCACAACUCUUUGGAAAAAUUUGCCAUCGUUUCUUUGUUUUCUUUCUGUGCGUAUGGGACUGCUCUUUGUAAAUAAACUGCCUGUCCAAUA